AUGUUGGGUCCUCUCAAAGAAAUGUGCGUCUCCCCAUUUCUUGGACAAAAGUCCCGUUCUAUGGCCACUUUGAAAGAUAUUGCAGUAAGACUACGGUCUGUGAAAAACAUACAGAAAAUCACUGCAUCUAUGAAAAUGGUUUCGGCAUCAAAAUUUGCUAGAGCUGAACGUGAUCUACGUCCAGCCAGACCUUAUGGCUAUGGUGCUCGAGCAUUUUAUCAGACCGCGGAAUUAGUGCCAAAGGAGACCAAACCUAGUGAGAAUGACUUACUGAUCGCAAUCACAUCCGAUAGAGGUCUGUGUGGUGCAGCUAAUAGUAGUAUUGUAAAGGCAAUCAGAGCUCAGCUUCGUAGCAACCCAAAUCUAGAAAAUUCAUGCAAGUUGCUCUUGGUUGGUGACAAAUCUCGCGCAAUGAUGAUUCGUCAAUAUCGUAACAUGUUUUUGAUGACUGUCAAUGAAGUCGGCAAAAAGGCACCUACUUUCGAGGAUGCGUCCACAAUAGCUCAGGCGAUAAUAUCAUCUGACUUUAAAUUUGAUAAGGCUGUGAUGUUUUACAAUACCUUCAAGACAGUAGUAUCUUACAUAACGACAAGUCAGCCGCUCUUAAGCCUAAAUAAAUUGUCCUCCUCUGAAAACAUUGGUAUUUAUGACUCAGUAGAUGAUGAAGUCUUGGAAAGUUACAAUGAAUUUCUCCUGACCUCACUAAUUUUUGCUGCUUUAAAAGAGGCAGCUGCUAGCGAACAGUCAGCUCGGAUGACUGCUAUGGACUCGGCUACGAAAAACGCAGGUGAUAUGUUGAGUAAACUGACACUCAGUUAUAAUCGAACACGUCAGGCAGCAAUCACACGUGAGCUCACUGAAAUUAUAUCUGGUGCUGCAGCGGUCUAA